CAAGUUGUCGAUGUAAACAGUGGGUGUCUCGAAUUUUUUAAAAUUCAUUUAUUCGGUCUUCGUCUGCACAUUAAACGAAUGAUUUGAAACACUUGCAGUUGACGCAAACAAUCGGUGUUUAAGAGUGUCACAAAAAGCUAACUAAAUGGAAAUAAUGCCUUUACUAUGCUAGUCCACUGUUGAGAUUCUGACAUCUCGGCUAUUCGGUGCUAAUUGUUGACAUUUUUUAACUCAAGUGCUAAUAACCUAUCUAGUACGUAUUAAUGACUUUCUGUCAAACAAGGUAACCAACUAUUAUGUCGAGCAAAGAAGUGAAAGCCGCCCUGAAGAGUGCUAAGGAGGCUCUAAAAAGCAAGGAGUUCAAAGAGGCGUUGAAACAUUGCAAGGCUGUUUUGAAGCUUGAAAAAAACAACUACAAUGCCUGGGUGUUCAUCGGCCUGGCUGCCGGUGAGCUGGAUCAACCUGAUCAGGCACAGACGGCCUACAAGAAGGCUGUGGAGCUGGAGCCGGAGCAGCUAUUGGCAUGGCAGGGCUUGAGUAAUUUAUACGAGAAGACGGAUCAGUGGGAUUUCAAAAUUGAGCUACCUAAUGUCUAUCAGAAGCUCGUCGACCUGUAUGCAAGCUCAGACAAAAACAAGUGUUACGAGGUGAUCGGAAAGCUACGAGAAAUACAUCAGUCUGACAAAGAGUAUUCCAAGUUAGCAAAGGUUUGGCUGCAAUUGAUUCAACUGAAGGAGGAUGACGGCGCAGACAAGCAAUCUUUACGACAGCUAUGGCAACAGAUGGCCCAGCUCCUGUCAAACUGCCUCGCUGACAAUGAGCAGGACGCCGAAACUCGGAAGCAUUUAAGCACAGCUUUGGAGAAGGCCUUGCUUCUGGUUGAGCCGACGCCUGGGGAAGAACACCGUAAGCUCUCGGUGGACUACAUCAAAUGUCUCUCCAAGCUGCCUGAAGAAGAGGAGAAAAUGAAGCGCGCGUGCGAGUCAAUGCUGUCUCUCUACCCAGCUCAAAGUUAUCCUCUUGAAGUUCUUUGUUCCCACUACCUCGAAAAAGGUGACUCGAGUGAGGAGGCUGACAGCUGCUUUUCGCGACUUCGCAAUUUGGCGCCGGAUAACGCUUGGUGUGAUUUGGGAUUUGGCAUGAAAGCUCUGCAAGAGGGCAGGUAUAAAGACGCCAUUAAAGACCUUGCGCAAGGAUUAAAGAAAAUUAAUUUCAACCCAGCGUGGUGCGGUUUGGCGGAGGCUCAACUCAAAGUACACAAAUACUCAGAUUGCUCUAAAUCGUGCGCCCAAGGUUUGACAGCGUGCGUGCCCGGAGACAAGGAACUGAGGAUCCGAUUGCUGAAGCUAAGGCUUGAAGCUUUGGUCGGGAGUGGAGAGGAGAAGGCUGCAGAACAAGCCUUGGAGACGUUUUCCUUGGUCCCCGAUGCUGACAAAGAUCCAUCACUAGUUGCUCUUAAGGGUCGUGCAUACCUUAACAAAGGAAAAGUAUCGGAGGCAAAAAAGGUGUCAUCACAGCUGACAGCCUCGAACCCCAACCUGGCCCAGGCCUCGGCGCUGACGGGACUGGCCCACUUAGCUGAGGACAACCAGCAGCUUGCAGAGCAAAGUUUCCUCAAGGCAGCGGCACAAAGCCCCGACUGCGCCGAGUAUUUUUUCUUGCUGGGCCGACUCUACUGGACCAUGGGAGAAGAGACCCGAAAAGACAGAAGCAAAGCGCAGUCACAUUUUCUCAAGGCUGCAAAGUUAGACCCGCACCUCGGUUGCGCGUUCCGCUACCUUGGCCAUUACUAUCGGGAGGUGGCCAACGACUCCGGCCGGGCACGCGGCUGCUAUAGGAAGGCCUUUGACUUGGACGAAGGUGAUACGGAAUCUGGCGCGGCUGCAGUUGAUCUCAGCAUGGCGCAAGAAGAUAUGGACACCGCCUUGGCAAUGCUCCAGUCAGUCAUCGAGAAGGCCACUCCAGGUUCUGCUAAAUGGGCCUGGAUGAGGCGAGGCCUUUAUUACUUAAAAGGUGGCCAGCAUCAACUGGCCAUUGCCGAUCUCCAAGCGGCUCUGAGAGCCGAUCCGGAGGACUGGGUGUGUUGGGAGUGUUUGGGUGAGGCCUACCUAAACCGCCAGAGUUUCACGGCAGCGCUGAAGGCCUUCGGGAAGGCCCACCUUCUUCAGCCUACCUCCAUCUACAGCGUCUACCAGGUAGCCGCCAUCAAGCAGACCCUAGGCAAGUUCCAAGAGGCCGUGGCGGAGUAUUUGCAGAUUACAACCCAGCACGACUACGUCCCGGCUCUUAAAGGUCUCGGUGAAUGCCAGCUGUCCCUGGCAAAAAGUUUAAUGGAGGACUGCAGAGAUGGUGGAGCCAUUGACAUGAUUGAGCAAGCCAUACAAAACCUUUUCAGAGCUGCCAAGCUACGAUCUGACUUGUCCUGCUUGUGGAAGCUGCUGGGAGAUGCCUGCACGGCUGUCAGCACAGUGUCCCUAAAGAGGGCUCGGGUUCAGAUGCCGGCAGCGCUUUCUGGCUCCGAUCCACAAGCUGAGGUCCACACGCUGAAUCAGGCCCAGACGCUCAGAGUCGGCGAAAGGUGUUACACUCGUGCCUUGAAGCUCAUGCCAGAAGUUGCCAGUCUGUGGUAUGAUCUGGGCCUUAAUUUCUAUCAUCAGGCUCGCCUGAGCUGUGAUGCAGAGGAGGAGCAAUCGUCACUACUCGAGAAAGCACAACAAUGUUUACGGAAGGCAAUUAUGAUGGAGAGCGGCAACCACAACUAUUGGAACGCUUUGGGAGUGAUCAACACAAGCAAAGGUGUGGAGAAUUUGGCCUUGUCUCAGCAUUGCUUCAUCAAGUCCAUUCAAGUGGAAGCAAACAAUGUCGUUGCCUGGACCAACCUUGGCACCUUGUAUCUGAAAAAGGACAAUAUCGAGCUCGCACAUGAGGCCUUCAAGGUUGCGCAAUCACUGGAGCCGAUGUAUGUCAACUGCUGGAUUGGACAGGCCCUGAUCGCAGAAAGAGUGGGAAGCUACGACACCAUGGAUCUUUUCCGACACACCACCGAGCUUAGCACACACACGGAGGGGGUGAAAGGUUACGCCCACUGGGUGUGUUCUACCUUGUUGGAUAAAAGCAAUCGAGACUCUGAACUGUACCGCUACAACAUAAUCCAGAUGAACGCCAUCUCUGCGGCCCAGGUGGCACUCAGCAAGUACACCGAACGGAUCCAGUCGGACGCGGAUGCUUUCAUCAUGCUGGGCUUCCUGGCCGAACAUCUGCAGCUGAAGAGACAAGCCGUCCAAGCUUAUCACAGAGCUGUUGAGCUGCUUCAGCCCACGUCCCUCACAGAGCAACUCUCAUUUGCUCGGAGCAACUACGCUCGUGCUUUGUGUGCUUGUGGCCAGUGGCAGGAGGCGGUCCAUGUUUUUAACACCACUCCGCUAGAGGAGCUCAGUGAUCUGUCAGGGCUGGCUCUGGCCUAUUGCAAGGCGGGACUCAUACCAGAGAGCAUCAGCACAUACGAGCGCGCCCUGGCUGUGUCCUCCAGUGAAAAGCAGACCGCGUACGUCUUGACAGCUCUCGCCUUGCUGCAGCACCAGCAAAGCAAUAUAGACUCCGCUAAGGCCUUGCUGUUCAAAUGCUCCAUGUUGAAGGAAACAGUACCGGAGUCCCUUCUAUGUUUAUGUGCCCUCGGAUUGGUCCGCAAUGAUACAACGUUAGCCGCCGCAGCCCGAACCGAGCUGCUCAAGCAAGGCUCGUCCUGUGCAAGUGUGAUCGAGCAACGCUGUCUUCUCACCUGCACCUUACUGGCGCUGCAGGGCAACUACAGUGCGGUGCAACGAGAGGCGUCCAGAGCUGUGCACAGCUAUCCGGGAAAUGCAUCGUUGUGGUCGCUAUUGUCCAAACUGGUACCCAAAUAUUACCCCAGGAAAGCAAAUGGUGGAGCGAUGGCUGGACACGUUGCUUGUCUCUCCAGUAUGACCCAGGGAAAGAGAGCACUGCUGUACAGCGGCAUCAACCAGUUGGCCUGUGGAAGACACUCUGGAGAGGAUGCUCACAGGAACGCUCUGAAGACCAUGCAGAGAGCCGUGCUGCUCUGUCCUGAUGAUCCAGCGGCGUGGGCAGGAUUAAUGGCUGCCUGUCACACAGAAAACACUUGCCGUUAUCUCUCUGGCUCAGAUGUACGUCGGCAAGGACUAGAGCAAACCCUCAUGUCGGUGGUUUCUGAGAAAGUGCGUUGCAUGGAGGAGAUAGAGCGCCCCCUAGCCCAGUCUCUGGAAACAUGGGUACUACAACAGGCAGUGAGUGGUCUCAUGCUGAGCGGACAACUUGAGCAAGCAGAAGCACUCUGCUCACAGGUGCUCAAAGUGUCUCCAGAACAUCCCGCAGUGAUCUUAUCCCUGACACAAGUCCAGUGCCAGCGCCUCCUUCAGGCCGGGGGUGCUACUUUGCUUUCAGAAUCCACCUUGGCCCAGCUCAACAGUGCAGUGAUGUUGAACCCCAACAAUAUUGCGGCGUGGCACUGGUUGGCCGGCGUGUACAUUAGCCAGGGUCUGCUCGUGCAGGCAGUCGUGGCUCUCAGACAGAGUUUGCAGCUCGCCUCCCAACUCGGCCUGCACAGCAGUCAAGUCGCCAGCCUGCUGCGUCUCGGCCUACUUGCCCUGAGGCCAACUAUGGCAGAUGUCCCCGGAAACGACUGGAAGGAUCUGGUCCUACAAGCUACGACAGAAGCCUUGAAGCUGAGCUCCUCCCCUGCGGCUCUCCUCUUCCAGGCGCUGCUUCAGUUUGUUACCAAGAUGGCUGCCAGGGAAACCCGGCGACUGUUGGAAAAGCUGGUCUACGGACCCGUUCAAGAAUUCUCUGCGACUGUGCCACAAGUGGCCAGCUGGUACCUGCUCAGACACCUGCAUUUCAAAAACGACGACCAACUAAUUAAUGUACUUUUGGAGCGCGCCAAAAUGAACGGGGAUCAUCGAUUGCUGGACUUUCAUUCACAGCUUAUUUCUUUGUCUUGAGUGUAUCGAGUGCGUCUUUAAAAAUGAGCUAAGGUUGCAUUCAGCAUGGCAGGAUUUAAGACCUCAAGCAACUCAAUAUCUUCAGUAUAGUUCACUGGCAUCUACAUUCAGAUGAAAUAAAGAUGGUCAACCUCGACCUCA